UGACGCCAUAUUGCUGGUGUGGGACUCACGGAAGGAAGCGCCGCCGCCGCUGCCGCCCGGGCCCCGCCGCUAUCGCUCGUCAUCGGCAGCCGCGGACCGGGCAGCCGGGCCCAGCCUCGCGCCCUUCGGCCUAGCUCCCGCCCCGCCGCCGGCCGCGCGCGGAAUUGGCCCGGCCAGGGUAGGGCGAGCGGCGCGAGCGGGGAUCCGGCCGCCCGAGCCGGAGCCGUUGGGGGGGCCGGGGCCGUUCCCCAGAGGGAGGCAGACGGGGAGGCGGCGGAGGCCCUGACGCAGCUGCCCCCUCCUUUCCCUGCCGCCCUCCCUUCCCUCCCCCCAAGCCCGCCCCAGACAGCGGGGAAGGCGCCUCUGGGCAGGGCCGGUUGCUGCCGUCGCCGUCUCCCCUGCCCCUCGCUCCGAGCCCCCUUCCUCCGCCCCGCGCCAUGGCUUGCGGCGCCACUUUGAAAAGGACACUUGAUUUCGACCCGCUGCUGAGCCCGGCGUCCCCGAAGCGGAGGCGAUGUGCGCCAUUGUCAGCCCCGGCCUCGGCCGCCGCCUCCUCGUCCUUCGCAGCCGCCUCCCCGCAGAAAUACCUGCGCAUGGAGCCCUCGCCCUUCGGAGAGGUGUCGUCCCGGCUCACUACAGAACAAAUUCUCUACAAUAUAAAGCAGGAAUACAAGCGCAUGCAGAAGAGGAGACACUUAGAAAAUAACUUCCAGCAGACAGAACCAUGUUGUUCUUCUGAUGCACAGCCACAUGCGUUUCUCCUCACUGGACCAGGUACUUCAUCUGCAGCGUCGUCACCAUUGAAAAAAGAACAGCCCCUCUUCACUCUUAGACAAGUUGGAAUGAUCUGUGAGCGCUUGCUGAAAGAACGCGAAGAGAAAAUCCGCGAAGAGUAUGAAGAAAUUUUGACCACAAAGCUGGCAGGUGAAGCUCAUCCCUGCAAGAGGAUGGGGACUUUAAUGGGGCAAACCUGUGGGACUAGGAACCACUACAAAUCUAACUGCAUUUUUGGUUGAAGAUUGCCUUCUUUGACCCUUGCCCUUUUCUCAGAACACCCCACAUUGCUGCACAUGUAUUUUUCCACAAGGGAGGAAGGGGAAUGGAGAGAAGCUGCAUCUGGUAGAUAUUACUCUCCUUGUUCAAUUUCCUAAUUCUGAGAGGUGCUACCCUGCUGAUGAGUGCAAUGUUAAAGCUGAAUAAAGCAUUGUGAUUGGCUUUGGAUGGAUGUGUGUGUAGAAAGGGAAGCCUUGCUGGGAAUUGACAAAUCAAUACACCUGAUAUCUAAAUUCUGUUUCAGUUUACACUCUAGCAGUUUUCAUGAAGUCCACAGUCACCUCUUGUCUCUUGUAGUGGCCACUUUGUGAUUGGAAUCAGCCAAGUGUUAGUCACUUAGCGUUUCAUCUUUUUAGUUUGUCAUUUGCUUUUGAUUUUCUGGUGGUCACCAAAAAGAAUUUCUAACUGCAUAGCAAAUCCUUUUCCUGUACUUCAAUGUUUCCAUUUCAUUACAUUGAUUUUCUUACAUCUGGUAGUGAUAGGAGCAGAAAGAAGUUGUGUUUCCAACCACAGCGCUGACCUUAACGCCACAUGUGCUUAACUGCUGCGCCCCCAUUACGGAUCUGUGAAGUGGGCACACGUGAUUACUUCAAAAUACAAUGUCUGACACUUAGCAGGUGUUAGGUAUAUUGAGGCCUUUGUAUAUGUGCAGCAUAAUUCUCUUUGAGCAUGUUACUGUCUUUCCCAUUACAGAAGUUGAGAAGGGAAAGCACUUUUAAUUAAAGGGAUCUAUGCUGCACUGUUAUUGUCGGGGAUGAAAAACGAAAUGGCAACUCUGAGCUGUGUAAAAGCCACUUAAAACUGUUAGUGGGUGCGUGUUUAACUCCUGUGAUUUGAGUGUAUUAAAGAAAAGCAGCCUUGAAUAUUUUUCAGCUUGGGUUAAACUUCACAUACUCACCCUU